AUGACAACGACCUCAGCCACCACAGCGGCAAGGUCGCGCCUACCAUCACCGCCAACGUCGGCAGCAACGACGCCCAUCCAACAUAGCAACAACGGCACGGAGGCGAGCCCGGAGAAAACGAGCAACAAGAAGAAGGCGAAGAACAAGCGGAAGAGGCAACAGGAAUGCAGCAUCCCGGCUGCAUCUCAACAGUCCCGUGGUAGCAGUUCGUCCUCGACACGACCACCACCACCAACAACAACAACUUUAAAGAAACACUCGCGGAUCAAGGAAAAGCCAGCCCGGUUCGUCCACCCUCAUCUCGAUGCAGAGCUCCGCCGACUUGGCCGCUCCUGGUUGUCCCCAGGCGACCCCUUGUUCACGCCCGCCCUGGACCGCAGCUACAGGGGGGUGAGGCACGAGCCGGCGGGGUCUCUCCCGCAAGCAGUCCACAGUGGCUUCCGGCAAUCGUUCGACAGCCUCCACGAGGCCGGCCUCUUCCUGUACGACACGGUCCAGGCCGGGGGCAAGCGUCUGAGCCGGACGUUCGUGACCAGGACCCUUGUUGGGGACGCGGGCAUCACCUACAAGUACCUGGGGCUCCGGUUGUUCGCCCACCCUUGGGGGCUGGGGGAGAGCGACUUCCGAAAGGGGCCAGGCGACGGCUUGGCGGACGCGCUGAACGACCCGUGCCUCGCAGACCUGUUCUCCAAAGAUGGCGCUAGCAGUGUAAGAAAGUCGAAAGACAACCUCAGGGGUAGCAGAUUCGAUGACAACGACAGGGUCGCCGACACCCUGAGAAAAGUCGGCGACCUGAGCGAGUGGAUGCGUCUCCGCGCCGGCGCCAUGCUUAAGGAGGAAGUCCGGGAAGCGGGAGGGGAGAGGGGGAGCUGCGCGUUCAACCUGACCCUGAUCAACCGGAUGGAGUGCUCGGGGGCGAAGAGAGAUCUCAAGCCGGACCCCCUGUUUUCCAUGGGAAAGUGCUCCGUCAGCUGGCACGCCGACAGCUGCCUGCAGGACUUCUCCACCAUAGGCGUGUAUCACUGCACUGACCCCGUCCCGGCAGAGCCUGACUGGGGCAUAGCGCUCCGCGUGUCGACAGAGGCAAGAGUUGGUGGCGACGGCGGUGGCGAUGGUGAUGGCAAUGGCGUGAGCAACGACGAGAAGACGAGGAGAAAGGAAGCAGAGAGGGGGUUGAAACCGGCGGGGCCGAAGGCAGUAGCAUCAGUCGCAGCGUCAGCGGCGGAGGCUGUACCGGAGAAGCAGGGGGAGCAAGUCCUGACGCCACCGCUGCUGAUCCCUCUCCAGAGUGGCGACGCGUACUUCCUCCUGGACGACUUCAAUCACUUCCACGAGCACGCGGUCGUGUCGGGGUCGUCCACCCUUCGAUACUCGUCCACGCAUCGCGUUGCGGACACCGACGGGAACACGUUCUCGCACGUCCAGAAGCGCUGCGAACAGGCACUCGCCGGUGGGGGCUCCGCGGCGGCGGGAGGAGAUGAUCAGAUCUUGAACCUUGCUCAGGUCCGUGCGGAACAGGCGCUCCUGACGGAGCUGGAGUCGGAAUGGCUGAACCAGUUCUGGGUGCAGGGGAGGAGACACGCCUCCCUCCACCCGUGGUGGCGGGGCCCGAUGGCGCUGGUGCUUGCAACAUGGCGAGAGCUCGAGCGACGGACGUCCUUGACGGUGCAACACCUGAUGUCCCUCCGAGGACAGGAUGGGGGCGAAGCGCUGUGGCCCGCCGAGGGAAGCGGCGGCGGCGACGUUGGUGAGGAGGGUUCGACUCUGCUGCUGCCCCAGUCCCUGGGCGGGGUUAUCUCGCGGCUGAGGGAGUGUUACACCGUGGUUUAUCGGGCCGCUUCCGGCGGGAAGAAGGCCGGGUCGGCGAAGGCGAUCGCCGCCGGCGCCGCGUCGAACUGGGAGUUAUUUCGGGCCGCUUCUUCUUCUGCUUCUUCUGGUGGUGGCGGUGCCGGGAAAAAACACGGCAGUGCUCUUGGGAAGCAGCAGCAGCAGCAGCAGCAGCGGAAGAAGCGGGGUGCUGCCGGCCAGGAUGGCCUGGAAAAAAAGAAGCGUGCUGGGGGCGUCGUGAAGGGUGGCGGCGAUGGGGGGGGAGGGCGAACGUCGAAGGGGCAGAGAUCAAGAAGAAAGGGCCGCGUACGAGAACGGUAG